CGCAUGGGAGAAUCUCAAGUGAUACCUGCAUUUAAAUGCCUUAUUUCUCUUAGUGUCUCAUUUUUUCUUGACCAAUACCCCUUGAGAAAUGGGCAGAUAUUUCUCCUAAAAUAUGGAUGAGAUAGAUGAUGUACCCACUGAGGCAUCAGCUUUUUUGGGAGCAGUUGGAGCAUUUUUGGUAAUAUUGGUGAUCUUCUACUUGUAUUUAAGCAAAAAAUUAUGUUUCACUUCAAUCGGAGGCUUUCCUUGCUGUGAUAAGCCAUUAGUUGAACAUAAGGAGCCAGUAACGAAAGAUUUAGGUACAGCUUUCCAGUAUGAGGAAGUGGAAUCAUCCACUGAUAGUGAAGAUGAAGUGUUGCAGAGAUUUCAACAGUCAUCAAGUCUGUAUACAGGUUUGCGAAAAGUUGGUGGGGAAAACAGUGAUCAAAUCGGUGGGAAUGUGACAGAAAAUCAGGACAAUCAUCGCAGUCCAUAUGCAUCUGGUCCCCCAGGCUGCAAUGCAUCAUCUGCGUAUUUGAAAGUAGCAGAAAAUAAUAAGAGAGGAAGUCAUGACCCCAUUUCUAUGCUGGAGAAAGGGCGUGUGAGCCAAUUAGGAAGUCCAUCUUCCUCAAGUGAAGCAAGUGAAAGUGAAGAUAUCCAAGAUGAUGGUCAAGCUGUUAUUCAACCACUUCUAGACAGCAGAACCACUCAGCAUUAUGAAAACAGUGCCUUUCAGACAGCGGAUGAUUCUCCAGCUGCUUCGAAUGACACUUACUCAGCUUGUGGAGAUUCAGUGAUGGAAGAUCAGAUUUAUGAUGUAAAUGAACUUCACUGCAACGUUGAAGAUCAUGAUACUAGUUCGGCCGUACGUUGUGGUUCAUUAGAAGUGGGUUUUGCUUAUGAUGCUCCUUUGAGGAAAAUGACUGUACAUGUUCUUCAAGCCCAAGAUCUACCUGACAGAGAUCGUGGUGGAUCUAAUCAUGUUCAGGUGAGAUUACUUCUUCUUCCUCAUAAAAGGCAGAAGUUUAAAACAAAAAUUAGAACUGGCAGUAAACCACAGUUUAAUGAAAGUUUUAUUUUCAACCGAAUAUCACCAGAGGAAUUAAAUAGUAUGGGUGUAAGAUUUCGACUAAAUGGUUGUGAGCGCAUGAGACGAGAACACCUAAUUGGUGAAUGCAUGGUUCCUUUUUCAUCAAUUCGUAUGGAUCAGCAAAUAACUUUAUGGUUGACACUUGAGCCUCGUGCAAACAUAGCACAUUCUGAUUCUAAAGCGGAUAUAACAAGUCUUGCUAGAAGUGAUAGUACUGGUUCAACGCAGUCUAUGCAGCAUGGUGGCUUACCUGAAUUGUUACUUGGUUUAGCAUACAAUGGUACAACUGGUCGUCUUUCUGUUGAGAUCAACAAGGGCAGCCACUUUCGUAAUGUUUCCAUGAACAGAGCACCAGAUACAUAUGUAAAAUUGUCACUGGUGUCUUCUAAUGGACAAGAAAUUGCUCGAAGUAAAACAUCUGUACGUAGAGGUCAACCAAAUCCACUUUUCAAGGAAACAUUUAUAUUCCAGGUGGCCCUAUUUCAACUUCCAGAUGUGACGCUGAUGAUAUCGGUAUACAACAAACGCAGCAUGAAACGGAAAGAGAUGAUUGGUUGGUUCUCUUUGGGUCUUAACAGCAGUGGAGAUGAAGAACUUGCUCAUUGGAAUGACAUGCGAGAAAAUCGGGGAGAGCAAGUAUGCCGUUGGCAUGUGCUUCUGGAAACUUAAUGCGCAGUGAUGCCCAUUUUUUCUCAAAAUUUUUAUUACACCCUGCCAACAGGUUUUUGAGCCUUUGGAGUGCUCUUCCUGUUUAUUGUGUCUUGAUGUUGAGGGGCACGAAGCUUUCUGCCAUGAAGGCAUGUCACCCGGCCUACCACCAUUUUUAAGCAGAACCUUCCCUUGUGUGCUUUUAAACACUACCAUUGGUAUCUUCUGCUUUCUCAGCACUAAGUAUUUCUAACCUGAGUCGCAUAAUCCUGACAAAUGCGAUUUUGCAUUAAGACUGGAGAGUUAUCUAAGUAACACUUCAUCUUUACUUGGCAUUAAGUUUCCUUUAAUCUGUUUUGCACUUGUUAAAAUGCAACUAAAGUACAUGCUUUCAGUGCAUAUGCUAUGAUUGACAUUGAAAAUGCUGAAAGUCAUCAAUAAAUAUAAAAGAAUAUAUUAUUGUUAGGUUCAACUUUAAAAUUGAUUAUCUAAAUUUGUAAAAGGUUUUAGUUGGUCACACAUUAAAAAUCAGUAUUUUGUAUUCAUAUAUAUUGUCUUUGAAUGUUUUUCCAGCAUUGUACCCAAUGCAGUAAAUUUGUCGAUCAGGUAUCAUUUAAUUUUUCUUGCAGUUAUCUUUUCAGUCUUUUGGGAUUACAAUCUUUUUAACAAUUUUUUUUAUUUAUAUUUGUGCAUUAAAUGUGAAUGGUGAAUCAAAUAACUGUAGUAUGUUAUAUCAUUAUUGAUCAUCAUUGCAGUGCUAUGUAUUUUAUUUCAUUAAAUGCAUCCACAUCAUAAGCUUCAUUAAUUAAAAAUUUGUACUAUAUCUUAUGUAGCAGUUCUCUUGGUGACAGCUCAUUUUUCAUAGGAUAUAUAUAGUAAAGUACACUGAUAGUAUUAUAAUCUCAUAUUAAGUUAUUGUAAGAUAAGAGCUCUAAAACAAACCAAUAAAAUUUCAGAAAAAAAUUUGCAACUUAGCAAGUUAAGGAAUGUAAACUUGUCUUCUGUAAUAAAGCAGAAUGUUUAUUCGUAUAUUGGAAAACAUUCAUGAAUAAAUUACUAUAUUUCUUAGAAAAUUUUUCAAAUUUUAUUUAAAUAAUGAAUUUAAAAUUAAUGCAAUAAAUGUAACAUUUUCAUAUUUAUCAAAAUAUUAAAUAUGUAAGAUAAAUUAGUCAUGAAUAUGUAUAUUUUUAGUCAGUUUGGACACUGUAAGACCAGCCCUAUCAAAAUGCUACUAUUUAUAUUUUUAUGUGUAUACAGUUUGUAAGGAGUGCUUGCAUUUUUUCUCCUGCAAUGGCCUUAUAUAUGUGGAUUUUCUGGCACAAUGCUGUGCAAAAAAUAUUUGUUUUAUUUAAUGGGAGAAGAGGAUAUUCGAUUCUAAAAACUGUAAUAUUGUAAGAUUUUUUUAUAUUAAUUUUGUGAUUUUAUUCUUAAUAAACACAAGCUAUCUGGUUUUUUUCAAUAAAUUACAAAAGUACAUUAUUACUUACUUACACAAUUAAAACCUUAAAAUUAAGUAACUAGAAUUAAUUCAUAUAAAAGUAUGCAUAUAUUAAAAAUGUGUCCACUUGUAAUCUCUCGGUGUACUUAAAAAUUUUAUUUCAGCUAGUGAUGGCUUUAAUACUUCUAUAUUAAUCUCUUGUCAAAUAAUAUGUAUUUGUGCAGUUGGUUAUAAAUUUUAUAAUUGAUAUUAAGAACACAUCAUGCUGAAUAAAAGCAUCCAUACCAGUGUAAUAGAUCAGCACUUUUUCACAUGUAUUACAAGAAAUGCAGUUCUUUAAAUCAUUUUGAUUGAAAUUUCUUCCAAGCUGUAUCCUUUUGCUGUAGAUAAUGUUGUGGUAAUUAUAGUAAGUUCAUUAAUUGAUUGUUAAUAUUUUUCUGUGGGAAGAGGCUAUUUACAAUUUUAUAAAAGAAAAAUAUAUUAAGCAAAAAUUUAAUGAAUUACUGAAGAGUAUUUUUACCUGCAAUUACUAGGGAUUUUAUUUCACUUAUAAAAGUAUCUUUAACAAAUGCUAGUUGAAACUUCUAUAGUCAGUGCUUUAAUAAACCUUUGCUUUCAGCUAGAUAACAGCGAGAUUCCAAUAUGAAUUAUAUCGAUAUUUAGUUUGAGGUGUAUUCGACAAUUUAUGAUACAUUCCUUGACAGUGAAAAUAUAUCAGUGGUAAGUUAUUUAAUAUUGAUACAUCUGUGUAAGACGAAAUAGUUUUGACAUUUAGAUAUAGUGUAGUUCUAUUAAUCUUCUUUUUUACCUGAAUAGCAGCCUUUUUAAGUAGCAAAUAUAUGUUACUUCAAUUCUUAGUGUAUAUUUUACAGUAAGUAGAAUCUUCUUUUUUACCUGAAUAGCAGCCUUUUUAAGUAGCAAAUAUAUGUUACUUCAAUUCUUAGUGUAUAUUUUACAGUAAGUAGAAUCUGUAACAUUCAUCUAUCCCUAAUUAGUUUAUUUGAUCAUCUGUGAAAGUAGUGGUCAUUAUUUGUUUUAACACACAAUAGUAGUUUUACACUUUCUCAAGAACUGAUUUAACAUAGAUUUUGAUUGAAUUUAAUUACUGUUAAUAUAUUUUAAUCGCUUGUAUUGUAGAUUAGUACAGUAUAGAGAAUCACCGAUUUUUCAUAGCAAAUGCAGAAUAUUAAAUAAUCACAGUAAAGGGAGCCAGAUGAACAACAAUUGUAUAAAAAAAAUUAAGUUUUUUAAAGCUCCAUAUUAAAAUAUGCAGACCUUUUAUAUAAUAAUUUGAUAAAUGUAAUGAAAAUUUAUUUUGUAAUUCACUGUAUGAUAUAUAUAUUAUUGCACAUAAGCAGAAUAUUAUUUUAUGUAAAAUGUAAGUUUCUGUAGUUGUAUGCUCAGUUUAUUAAGAUUUCCAUAAAUGAACUACUUAUUUAAUCAAUAAAUAAGAUUUUAUUUAAUUCCAAGAAUGUUUCGCAAAACUAUAAAUAAUUGUUAGUACUCUAUAUUCUAAUUAAUUUUUCUAAAGCUUUGUUACAAAUUCAUUAAUAUUAAUUAAAUCUACUGAAUUUUAUCUCUUAGACUUUGAUAAUUAUUCAAAAAAAAAAAAAAAAAAAAGAAAUCAUAUAUUUUCAUGCUAAGGAAAAAGAUAUGUGUUUUUACUGUUUUGAAAGUAUUAAAAAUUUUAUAAAUGUAACUUAUUGAACAAAUCAAAAUUGUGUAAAUUUUAAGAUCUAAAAAUAUUGUUCAUUUUAUUUUCAUAACCUUUAAGGAAUUCAUUCAAUGUAUUCUGAAGUGGAAAGUUAUGAAUUAAAUAAUGUCUUGUGACAUAUUAUUUUUCGAACUGUAUAGUUGUUAAAAACCAAAGCAAAAAAGCUCUUUCCAGAUUUAGUGGCAUUUCUUCUCCCCCUUUAGUUGUUUAUGUUUGAUAUGCUGCCAAUAAUUAGUGAGUUAGAAAAGUAUUUUAACUUAAUAUUUAUUAAAUAAAUUUGUUUAUGUAUGAUAUUUAAUAUAGAACACUGUUUUUCUAUUGAUAAACGUAAUAAGAUGAAUUAAUAUUUUAAAAUGACACUUUUAUUUUUAAUUAUGGCAUGUUUGUGAAUUUUUAAUUCAGAAUUUAAUUUAUUCAAAUUCUUGUUUGGAAAUGAUUCUUUAGAAUAUAUUAAUUUAAGAUGUAUAUAUGUUUUAAAUAGAACUGUGUGAAUACAAAACUAUACAUCAAGCAAUAAGAAUUUGUAAAAUUAUGUGAGUGACAUACAUUGUGACUAUGCAUUAAUUAUAUUUGAAUAUAUUACAUGUCUCCAUUUUAAAAAGAAGUGUGUUCAUGCCUUUUAUUGUUCUGAAUCAAAGAUUUUUAAGAAUUAAUGUUUUAACAAAAUUUUCCAAUUCAUAUGUAAAAAUGAAAGGAAAAAAUAUAUGUCUAAGUGAUAUUAUAAAAAAUUUUGUAUUUAAUUUAAUUGAAUAUUUUACAUAUUACUUACUUUAAGCAAUGCUUUACUUGAAAAUACUUUAUAUAAUACACUGAAAACCAGUGAAAAUCAUAUAAAUGUAAUUUCGAUUACUACUUUUGAAAAGCUCGUAAAAAUAUGUUUAUGAAUAGAAUUGUAUUUAUACUUGUGUUCUCAGAUGUUGCUUAUUUACAAAAUUUUUAUAUUGUUGUUUGUGGAAAGUACUUAUGUGUUUUUCUCCCUAAAAUUAUUUUUAUCAAAUAAAAAGUUCUCUAAACACA